AUGAUCGGUAUCACACGAGUAGGUUUCACAAAUGAAAUUGGCACUGAGAGUCAUUGUAGCGAUGUUCUGCCAGCCGGUUCCUUGCCCACUCUGCAUGUUCAUCACCGCAGAUUUGGAAGACGCCUGGAUAGGAUAUCCGGAACUCCAGAUAAAGGGUUGUUGAAGUGGAACCUGUUGGCGUCCAGUUGGCUGAGUCCAUACCCAGGAUCCAGAAGAGACAUAAUUCAAUCCGAUAUGGUAGUGAUAGGGCGGAGAGAAUCCUGUGGUGUUUUGAACAGCAUUGAAAAUGAAGUCAUGUUUGUCUUGGCUGAAUUCGGUGGCAAGGGAGGAAUUUCGGUUAUUGCAACUCAUUUUUGCAGAAAGCCAGUUAGCUUGCAAGCUGACAAGUUGGAUACACACACCAUAUCGAGAGGAAGCGGGAUCAGAGUAGUCGGCUCGGUACUGUAUCCAGCCGUCUGGGCAGAAACAGUUGGCUGA